CACUCUCUGGAAACACUCUCCGGAGACUGCACAAAAUGGCAAAAAUAUUUCAGAAUUCCCUGCUGCAGUCCAAGACACGUUACCAGCUGCUGGCCACUGUGAUCGUGAACAUCAUAACAUUUGGCCAUGGCUUUGGUGUGGGUUGGCUGUCGCCGACGCUGGCGAAAAUUCAAUCGCCCGACUCGCCGCUGGACUUUGCAGUGAACAUCGAUGAGAUAUCCUGGCUGGGUUCCAUGAUUGGCAUAGGAGGCAUGGCUGGAAAUCUGACAAUAGGCUUGCUCUUGGAACGAAUUGGAAGAAAGCUUUGCAUUUAUAUGCUAGCCGGACCAUAUGCGUGCCUGUGGAUACUCAUCUACUGCGCCUCCCAUGUGGGUUACCUGUAUGCUGCGCGUUUUCUUUGCGGCUUCACUGGAGGCGCCCUGUUUGUGGCACUUCCCAUUUUCAUCAGUGAAGUUGCCGAUUCCAACAUUCGUGGUGCCCUCAGUUCCUUGAUCAUGGUUUAUUUCAACUUUGGCGUACUGGCUGGCUAUAUUUUUUGCACUUAUUUGCCCUACCACAUUGUGCCCUUCUUUGGUAUUUUGCUGCCAGUUACAUAUUUUGUGGCAAGUCUUUUUCUGCCUGAAACGCCAACAUAUUUGCUGAAGCGCAGCAAAGUGAAUGCCGCUGAUAAAUCUUUUAGGUUUUACACAAAUCAACCAGAAGGAACAACCUCAAAGGCACAAUUUGAAGAUCUGCAAUCAGCGAUCCUUCUGCAGCAGUCGCAGCACACAGCUCCUUUGAGUUACAGAGACUUGAUCACCAAACCUGCCCUCAAAGCUUUCGGUGGAGCUGCUGUGCUUUGCGCGGGUCUUAGGUUCAGCAACAUUUCCAGCUUCAUCACCUAUACGUCUGAUAUAUUCGCUGCAUCUGGUUCAGUGUUGGAUGUCAAUACCUGCACAAUUAUCAUAGGAGUAGUGCAAAUUGUUGGCGUCUAUACCUCCACCAUGUUUGUGGACAUCGUGGGACGGCGACUGCUCAUGCUGCUGUCCACGAUGGGUGUGGGUCUGGGCUGCAUCGCCUUUGGCUGCUACACCUACUUUGCGGGAAUCUACGAUCUCAGCCAGUUCAAUUGGCUGCCACUGAUGCUGAUGAUACUCAUCAUUUACUUGGCUAACAUAGGCAUAAAUUCGCUGUUUAGCCUCGUGAUGGUGGAACUUUUUCCCGCGAAGAUCCGCUCUUUGGCUACCUCGAUGUCCAUGAUAUGGCUGAGUCUGAUGGCCUUUUGCACCUUGAAGUUAUUCCCCCAUUUGUUGCACGAUUGGGGCAUUUCGGUUACGAUGUGGUUGUCAGCCAUUUGGAGCCUGCUGACUUUUAUUUAUUUUCUGCUGUUCUUGCCGGAAACUAAUGGCAAAUCCAUGAUUGAAGAUUGA